AUGGCGAAUAAUCAAGCAGCGCUCGCCGAGCUGCGCGAGCUGGUACCGACCAAGCCGCAGGAGCGCUUCCCAGAGAUGGAGAUACCACCAUUGAGAAAACUGGGUGAGGAUGAGCGGAUCGAAGUAAAGUUCUACAGAGAAAUGCAGGAGAUAUUCCAGGCUUCGCCAUUCCACAUUACAACAGAAGCUGAAAGAGCGAGAAAUACCGAUGGCGAUGAUAUUGAGCGAUUUGGAGAUCGGUACAAGCCCAAAGUCAAGGUUGUACAGUCCCUUGCUGAUGUGCAUGCGAAUUUGCAGUGCUUCCCCGAAGAGCUACACAGUGUCUUGCAGCAUGCCGGUGGACCACGCAAGAAGCGGAAGCAGGAAAAGAUUGAUAUCUUGCGGUAUAUUGACAUGACUGUCGAGGCAGAGGAAGAGGGUGCCGACGAUGAGGUGGCCUCGGAGAAGGACGAUGAAGACGAGGAGGCGGAAGAUGAGGACAAGGAAUUUAGUGAAGAUGGAGGCAAUGACUAUGAGCAGGAGUACUUCUCUGACGGCGCGGAAGAUCACGAUGACAUUGGAGACGGCGAGGAAGUCUACUAA